AGCCAGGGCGGCGCUCGGCGGGGCCGCCCCCGCCAUGUCGGUGAACAUGGAGGAGCUGCGGCACCAGGUGAUGAUCAACCAGUUCGUGCUGGCGGCCGGUUGCGCCGCCGACCAGGCCAAGCAGCUGCUGCAGGCGGCCCACUGGCAGUUCGAGACGGCCCUGAGCGCCUUCUUCCAGGAGACCAACAUUCCCAGCAGCCACCACCCCCCACAGAUGAUGUGCACCCCCAGCAACACGCCGGCCACGCCGCCCAACUUCCCAGACGCUCUGGCUAUGUUCUCCAAGCUGCGGACCUCCGAGAGCCUGCAGAGCAGCAACAGCCCCAUCACCUCCAUGGCCUGCUCCCCUCCGGGGAGCUUCAGCCCUUUCUGGGCCUCCUCGCCCCCCAGCCACCAGCCCGCCUGGCUGCCCCCCUCCUCGCCCACCGCCCACGGCCUCCACCACCACCUGCACCACCCGCAGCCCGCCUGGCCCCCCGCCCCACCGCCCGCCGCCCCCCCACAGAAAGCCAUGGCCACCAUGGACGGCCAGAGAUAAGACUGGGUUGGCGGGGGGGGGGAAAUCGG